UAGACUUGUGCAAAGUACAAUAAUAGCCUUACAGAAAUAUAAAGGUAAGGGGCUUAAUUAUUAGUUUUCCAACUCCUCUACCUACUUGUAUAACUUAAUAAUAGUUUAGUUUGCUCCGUUUUCCGAGUGGUGAAACCCAAUCAAUCAACUCAAAAGAUGAGCUACCAGCGUGUUCCUGAUGAUGAGGCUUUCCCACCACCAGGGCAACAAGCAGCAGCAUACCCACCGCCGCUUUCACCACCACCACCCCCACCCCCACCACCACCACAACAAAGCUACCAGGAUUACUUUUAUGGGGAAGAGUAUCCUCCACCACUGCCACCACCAGGUCCACCACCACCACCACCUCCUCCUCUUCCUCCUCCUCCCACUAUAGAAAAUGAGGACCACUCUGACUCUGGCUGCUGUUCCUUCCUCAAAGCCUGGAUCCCAGCCAGCAAUGCUAACCCCAUCUCCGCUGCGACUCUGAAAUCAAGGACGUAACAUCCAUUUAAUGUAAUCUAAAGACCAAACAACAACCAUGCCAGAGUAGCCCACAAAGCUUUUCUAACUCAUUCUUGGAUAAGGUUGGUUUACCUUAAAAUGAAGAUCACCUUGGGUAAUUCCUUUAAAAUGCCAAUCAUAUACAGUAAUGUUUACAUCAAAUUAGCAUUAUAUACUUUUUCAUUUUAGCCUUCAUCGUUUACUCUUCCUUUAACUUAAGCCAUUUUAUUCAGUUGGCCUUAAUUAUGCCAAUUAAAUGUGACAUGGUUAAGUGUUUUAGAAAUAAACAAAAUUUCCCACUC